ACAAUAGCAGACACCUAUAUUUUGACUUUGCAUCCCUCGUCUCAUCUCAUCUCAUCUCAUCUCUGGAUUCACACCUAUUUAAUUUUCUCCACACGCAAGAAACUGAUCUGCCCGUUCGAAGAUUAAAAAGAAAUCUUUUUUUUUUUUUGAUUCCGUGCUGAGUGGGAAGAGAUAUAUUCACAGCAGUUAUUGGCCAAAAGGGAAACCCUCUUUUUUAUUUUUUAUUUUUAUUUUAUUUAGAGUUGAUGUUGAAUUGAAUCGGACUUGUCUUCCCCAGUCUUGCCUUCCUGGCCUGCCUCGCCCUUCUCUCUCUAGAAUUACCUGUCUCUCGCUCUAGACUUCUAUUGCUGUGGUUGAUAUUGCACACUACCGAUUGCUUGCUCGGUGGUGGAGGAGCGUCGAGAAGCGGAGGGAUGGGGGCGUGCGUUUCCCGUCCGGGGAACUGCGUCGGAAGCGGCGGCGGCGGAAGAUUGGGAGGUUCGAGGAGGAAGAGGAUUCGGAAAAGAAGGAAGGUUUUGAAGAAAAGGAUUCCUUCUCAUUUGUCCGAUCGAUCAUCGGAUAGAAUCGACAAGUUCGGAGCUGCUGCUUUGCCGCUGGAUCGUCCCUUUAGUAAUCCCACCAUUCGCGGAAGUACUGAGGAAUCAUGGUUUGAUUCUGCUACUGUUCUUGAAUCCGACUGGAGCGACGAUGAAGACGAAGAUUUCCAAAGUCUUCCCGAUGAUGGAGCACCGGCUGCCAUUGUUGAUUCUCCUAGAAACUCCAGCCGUGCCGACGCCCGACAUUCUUCUUUAUCCGAUCAUUCUAAGGAAUCGCCUACGAGGAAUCCUGGACUUAACUCUGAUUUCAAAGAGAAAUUUGAUGAAGCAAAGCAUGUUUCUGUGGAUGAAAUCACAUUAUCUGCUGAGGAGACUGCAGGCCAUAACGAUAACAUGUUUGAUAGUUGUGGGAUUCUUUCGAACAACUGCUUGCCGUGCCUUGCUUCUGCCGUUUCCCCAAUUGAAAAGAGAGGCCCGACGAGUCCUUCCGGGAUGAAGAAAAAGGCUGCCUUGAAACUGUCCUUCAAGUGGAAGGAAGGUCAUCCUGCAGCCAUGCUCGUUUCUUCAAAGACGCUACUGCAAAGACCCCUUGCGGGCUCGCAAGUGCCGUAUUGUCCUCUUGGAAAGAGAGUGCCUGAUAGUUGGUCGGAUGUCGAGCCGGGGAGUUUCAGGAUUCGUGGGGCGAAUUAUUUUAAGGAUAAGAGGAAGGAAUUUGCCUCGAAUUGUGCGGCAUAUUAUCCAGUUGGUCUCGACGUAUUUCUGUCGCAGAGAAAAAUCAACCACAUCGCUCGAUUUGUGGAGCUUCCUCUUGUUCAUUCUUCCGAAAAACUUCCGCCAUUACUUGUCGUCAAUGUUCAGAUUCCAGUGUAUCCGGCAGCGAUCUUUCAGGGCGAAACCGACGGGGAAGGAAUCAGCUUUGUUAUGUAUUACAAGCUUUCGGAAACGUUUGCCAAGGAUUCUCCAGCCCAUUUUCAAGAAAGUAUCAAGAAGUUAAUAGACGAUGAAGUUGAAAAGAUCAGGGGCUUCCGUACAGAGGUAGCUAUACCAUUCCGGGAACGGCUAAAGAUAUUGGGACGUGUUGUGAAUGUCGACGAUCUUCCCAUGAGCGCUGCGGAGAGGAAGCUCAUGCACGCCUAUAAUGAAAAACCCGUGCUUUCACGCCCUCAACAUGAAUUUUACUUGGGCGAAAAUUAUUUCGAAAUUGAUCUGGAUAUGCAUAGAUUCAGCUACAUUUCGAGAAAGGGAUUUGAGACAUUCCUCGAUCGGUUAAAGCUCUGUGUUUUGGACUUCGGAUUGACGAUUCAGGGAAACAAGGCUGAGGAGCUGCCAGAGCUGAUUUUGUGUUGUAUAAGGUUGAAUGAAAUUGAUUAUGUGAAUUAUCAACAGCUUCAACUUGAGGAAACCCUUGAGGAUAAUGAUGAAUAAAUGCUAUUUCUGUUUCUUUCUGAAUAAGUAUGUUGUUUUCUGCCA